UGCAAAUAUUAUUUUUUAUCAAUUAUUUGAUUUUUUAUAUUAAUGUCAUGAUUUACUGUGUGUGAAAAUAAUAUUGUAUAAAGUAUAUAACAAAUACAUGUAUUAAUUGUACGUAGUUACAGAACGAGGUAUUUAAAUUCUAACAGAUUUGUGUUGCUGAAUCUCUACUUAAUAAUCCUACUGAGUUAAAAUAUAAGUAGACAUUGGUAGUUUCUUUUUUGCAGAACAGGUAAAAUAAAGUUGUUAGUAAUUGAAGACUAUUGUGCUUGGACUCUUCAAAAGUAUCAGCGGAUGUGUGUCGGAUUCACCAAAAUUGCAGAAAUGGAGAUUGGCUUAGCAGUUGGUGGUGCGUUUCUCUCUUCAGCUUUGAAUGUUCUCUUUGAUAGGCUUGCUCCUCAGGGUGAGCUGCUCAAGAUGUUUCAGAAGAAUAAGCAUGAUGUUCGGGUCUUAAAGAAGCUGAGAAUGACUUUGCUUGGCCUUCAGGCUGUGCUAAGUGAUGCAGAGAAUAAGCAGACAUCAAAUCGACACGUGAGCCAGUGGCUUAUUGAGCUUCGCGAUGCUGUGGACGGCGCUGAAAACUUAAUAGAAGAAGUCAAUUAUGAAGCUUUGAGGCUUAAGGUUGAAGGUCAACAACAAAAUCUUGCAGAAACAAAAGUAAGUGACCUCAACCUGUGCUUGAGUGAUGAUGUCUUUCUUAACAAAAAGGAGAAGUUGGAAGACACUAUUGAAACGUUGGAGGAUUUGCAAAAGCAAAUUGGUCUUCUUGGCUUAAAGGAGCAUUUUGCUUCAACUAAACAAGAAACUAGAAGAUUUUCAACUUCUUUGGUUGAUGAAUCUGGUGUCUUUGGUAGGCAGAAUGAAAUAGAGGAUUUGAUUGACCGUUUAUUGUCUAAGGAUGAAAAUGGAGAAAAUUUGACUGUAGUUCCUAUUGUUGGAAUGGGCGGCCUUGGUAAGACAACACUUGCUAAAGCAGUUUACAAUGAUGAGAGGGUGAAAGACCAUUUUGAAUUGAAAGCUUGGUUUUGUGUCUCUGAGCAAUAUGAUGCUAUCAGAAUAACAAAAGGGUUGCUUCAAGAAAUUGGUUUGGUGGUUGAUGACAAUCUUAAUCAGUAACAAGUCAAAUUGAAGGAAAGCCUAAAGGGAAAAAGGUUUCUUGUUGUCCUUGAUGACGUGUGGAAUGAUAACUAUAAUGAAUGGGAUGACCUGAGAAAUCUUUUUGUACAAGGAAAUAUAGGAAGUAAGAUCAUUGUAACAACACGUAAGGAGAGUGUUGCUUUGAUGAUGGGAAAUAAGCAAAUUAGCAUGAGCAAUUUGUCUAUUGAAGUCUCAUGGUCUUUAUUCAAAAGGCAUGAAUUUAAAAACAUGGAUCCUAUGGGACAUCCGGAACUUGAAGAGGUCGGAAAACAAAUUGCAGCUAAGUGCAAAGGACUGCCCUUAGCUCUGAAGACGCUCGCUGGCAUGUUACGCUCCAAAUCAGUGGUUGAAGGGUGGAAACUUAUUUUGAGAAGUGAAAUAUGGGAGCUACCAGUCAACAGCAUAUUACCAGCUUUGAUGUUGAGCUACAAUGAUCUUCCCCCACAUUUAAAGCGGUGUUUUUCCUAUUGUGCAAUAUUUCCCAAAGAUUAUCCAUUUAGCUUAGAACAAGUUAUUCAUUUGUGGAUUGCUAAUGGUCUUAUACCACAGGAAGAUGAAACAAUUCAAGAUUCAGGCAACCAAUACUUUCUCGAGUUGAGAUCAAGAUCAUUAUUCGAAAAGGUCCCAAAUCCUUCUCAAGGGAAUACACAGAAAUUCUUAAUGCAUGACCUUGUCAAUGAUUUAGCCCAAAUUACAUCUUCAAAACUUUGUAUUAGGUUGGAGGAGAGCCAAGGAUCUCAUAUGUUGGAAAAAAGUCGACAAUUAUCAUAUUCAACGGGUUAUUCAGGUGACUUUGAGAAAUUGACACCCCUCUACAAGUUGGAGCAGCUGAGGACGUUGCUUCCAAUCAAUAUCCAAGAGUAUACACAUAUUUAUCUAAGCAAGAGGGUUCUGCAUAACAUACUUCCAACACUAGGAUCCUUAAGGGCAUUAUCAUUGUCUCAUUACAAGAUUAAGGAGUUGCCAGAUGACUUGUUUGUCAAAUUAAAGCUCCUGAGAUUUUUGGACCUUUCUUGGACAAUGAUUAGAAUGUUGCCAAAUUCCAUUUGUGUAUUGUAUAACUUAGGGACACUUCUCCUGUCAUCUUGUAAAGAUCUUGAGGAGUUACCUCUGCAGAUGGAAAAGCUAAUCAACUUGCGUCAUCUUGACAUAAGCAACACUUCUCGCUUGAAGAUGCCACUACAUCUGAGCAAGUUGAAAAGCCUCCAAGUGCUAGUGGGAGCCAAGUUUCUUCUAGGUGGUUUGAGGAUGGCCGAUUUGGGUGAAGCACAUAACUUGUAUGGAUCUCUAUCAAUUCUAGAGUUGCAAAAUGUAGUUGAUAGAAGGGAAGCUCUGAAGGCAAAGAUAAGGGAAAAGAAUCAUGUUGAGAAGUUAUGUUUGGAGUGGAGUGAAAGUAUUGCCGACAAUUCACAAACUGAAAGAGAGAUACUUAAUGAGCUACACCCACACACAAACAUAAAAGAACUCCAAAUCAACGGAUAUAGAGGGACACAAUUUCCAAAUUGGCUAGCUGAUCAUUUGUGUCUUAAGCUGCUAGUACAAUUGUCUCUUAGCAACUGCAAGUGCUGUUUUUCCUUGCCAGCACUAGGACAACUUCCUUCUUUGAAAUUCCUUUCCAUUAGAAGGAUGCAUCGAAUAACUGCAGUGAUGGAAGAAUUCUAUGGUAGUUUGUCCUCCAAAAAGCCCUUUAACUCUCUUGAGAAGCUUGAAUUUGCAGAGAUGCCGGAGUGGAAGCAGUGGCACGUACCAGGGAAUGGAGAGUUUCCUACACUUCAGAACCUUUCAAUUAAAAAUUGCCCUGAACUCAGGUUGGAGACACCUAUCCAACUUUCAAGUUUAAAACAGUUUAAGGUUAAUGGUUCUCCUAAAGUUGUUCUCUUUGAUGACGCUGAACUAUUUACAUCCCAACUUCAGGAAAUGAAACAGAUUGUUAGAUUAUCUAUUACUGAUUGUAACUCUCUUGCCUCUUUACCUAUUAGCAUUCUGCCCAGUACCUUGAAGAGAAUAAAGAUAUCUCGUUGUCGGAAAUUGAAAUUGGAGAGGCCAGUUGGUUAUUGUGACAUGUUUCUAGAGGAAUUGAAACUGGUUGAUUGUGAUUCUAUAGCCGAUACAUCAUCACCUGAGUAUGAGUUGGUCCCAAGAGCACGCGAAUUGAAUGUAAGUAGUUGCCACAGCCUUACUAGGUUUUUGAUACCUACCGCGACUGGAGGACUCGAAAUUUGGGAUUGUGAGAAUCUUGAAAUACUUUUGAUGGCAGGUGGAACUCAGAUAACUUCAUUGUUUAUUUGGGAUUGCGAGAAGCUGAAGCGGCUGCCAGAACAUAUGCAGGAACUCCUUCCAUCUCUUAUGAGACUGACACUGGGGAAUUGUCCAGAAAUAAAGUCCUUUCCUGAAGGAGGAUUGCCCUUCAAUUUACAAGUCCUUCGGAUUUUCAAUUGCAAGAAACUGGUGAACGGUCGAAAGGAGUGGCAUUUACAGAGACUUCACUGUCUCAGAAUGUUAGUAAUCGAACAUGAUGGCAGCGACGAAGAGAUUCUUGCUGAUGAGAAUUGGGAGUUGCCUUGCUCUGUUCGAACUCUUCGCAUAUCCAAUCUGAAGACAUUAAACAGUCAAAUUCUCAAAAGCCUCACCUCUCUUGAAUCUCUACAUAUUGGUAAUUUACCUCAAAUUCAGUCACUGUUGGAAGAAGGGCUUCCCCCCUCCCUUUCCAUGCUGCAUGUAUGGAAUUUCCCUAAUCUCCAAGCCCUUCCAGUAAAACGGUUACCCUCUUCCCUCUCUACACUAUAUAUUGACAACUGCCCAUUGCUCAAACCACUACUAGAAUUUAACAAGGGGGAGUACUGGCCAAAAAUUGCUCAUAUUUCCACAAUAUAUAUCGAUGGGGAAUACCUGUGAUGAUUAAAACGAAAUGUGUUCUCACAAAUGAGUUGUUCAAUCAAUUUACAGAAUCAUUAAGAAGUGCACAAAUGCUUGAAAAAUGAAAUCUCCAUUUCACAAUCAGGAAUUCAUCAAUAUGUGAACUACGUAUAUAUCAUUGGCGUAGUCUCCAAGUGCCUCCAGAACCAUUAGACUGCCCUCUUCCAUGUCUGAACUAUGUAUUUCCUACUGCCUGUUGCUCGAAUCACGUCUAGAAUCUGAUAAAGGGGAUUACUUGACAUAAAUUGAUUGUAUUUCCUACAUCAAGAUUGAUCGGGAAUACCUGUGAUGAUUAAAAUGGAGUAUGGUAGAAUUCCUCAGCACGGUCAUUCAUGAAUCAUGUGGCUCAGCGAAAGGUUUCCUGUUGGGGUUUCCGACCCUCCAGGUCUCCACCUACUUGUGGAAUAGGGGUGUUUCCUUGAUAUUAAGGUGUCAAGGCGGUCGAAGGUCACAAGUGGAAGCAACCAAUGCUUUGGUCAUUCGAUUGGCUCCUUGCUACCAGUCCGCGCUUGUUGUCACGCUGGCGGAAGCCAAAAUUCUUCUGAUCAGUUCGGUGCAAUCACUUUGAUCCUGCCACCCAAAAUUCUAAAUAUGGACUGAAAACUUUGGAGGUUAUGAAGUUCCGUUGAUCAAAUUAUUUCCAUUCUCAAUCUCGGGUGGCACCUCAGAAGUGAGAACUAGGGGAAAGGCAAUGAAGUGUAUCCCUUUUGGAAUGAAUUCAAGAUUAAGGGCAGCCCGGUGCACUAAAGCUCCAGCAAUGCCCAGUGCCGGUAACAAGGAUCUAUUGUACACGUCUUAACCUGCAUUUUUGUUGGAGGUUGUUUCCACGGCUUGAUUGGAUAACCAAAAAGGAUUUAUGUACGUUUCAGUUACCAAGAUGCUUAUAUUUGUGGUGGUAGACCUUUGGCUUGUUAUUGUUAAUCUUAUAUUCUGGUUAAUUGUUUUUAGUUGUGAUUUAUACAUUCACUUUUGUAAACAAUUCCUUGGUUUCUUAACCUGUGUAAAGGGGACAUUAAGGUAUAAUUAAGGUUAAUUGAGUUUGUUUCUUCACACUA